AUGUAUGCUCUUAAAUGCUCACCAAUACACGCGCCGCUGCUUUUAACUCCAAAAUUGCAGUUAUAUUUGUUUUCGUCCAUCGGUUAUCUGGCGACAAGGGUCUUAGGGCCCGCCGCAUCAUGUCACGGGCAGUAUUGCAAAGAUAUCUUCGUCCGCGCUCAGUUCGACUACGACCCCCUAGAGGACGACCUCAUCCCCUGCGCCCAGGCGGGCAUCUCCUUCAAGGUCGGCGACAUUCUCCAGAUCAUCAACAAAGAGGACCACAACUGGUGGCAGGCGCGGCGAGACUGCUCCGGCGGAUCAGCUGGUCUGAUCCCCUCUCCGGAGCUGCAGGAGUGGAGGGCGGCCUGCUCGGCGGUGGAAAAGAGCAAGCACGAACAAGAGAGAGGUACCGGUCCCGGGUGCACCUCGCACACAGACGGCUGUGACAGCUCCACAGUCAAUUGCUCAAUCUUUGGCCGUAAGAAGAAACAAUACAAAGACAAGUACCUGGCGAAGCAUAAUGCAGUUUUUGACCAGCUGGAUCUGGUCACUUACGAAGAAGUAGUCAAAUUACCAACAUUCCCCCGGCGGACGUUGGUGCUGCUCGGAGCUCACGGGGUCGGUCGGCGGCACAUUAAGAACACACUCAUAGCCAAACACCCGGACCAGUACGCCUACCCCAUCCCCCACACAACGCGGCCGCCCAGGCCGGACGAGGAGAACGGCCGGAAUUACUACUUCGUCUCCCACGACGAGAUGAUGACGGACAUUGCGGCGAACGAGUACCUCGAGUACGGCACGCACGAGGACGCCAUGUACGGCACGAAGCUGGAGACGAUCCGGAAAAUCCACCAGGAGGGCCGAGUGGCGAUCCUGGACGUGGAGCCGCAGGCCCUCAAGGUUCUGCGCACUCGUGAGUUCGCCCCCUACGUCGUCUUCAUCGCGGCGCCGCUGCUCCACAACAUGGCCGAUUACGACGGCAGCCUGGAGCGGCUCGCCAAGGAGUCGGACCUGCUCCGCCAGGCGUACGGACACCUGUUCGACCUCACCAUUGUCAACAACGACAUCGAGGAGACGAUCGGCGCCCUGGAGCGGGCCAUCGAGAGGGUGCACUCGACGCCGCAGUGGAUCCCUGUGGCCUGGGUGUACUGACCCUAGGGACCGGGGGAGGGCCCUGACUGGUGGACGACGUUCAAGGAAGAGUUCAUGGUCGACGUCGACAACUGUUUCCGCGUCGAGUGUUUUUGACGCAGUACAGUGCCAGAGUGAUGUGCGUGCCGCGUGGAGAGGACACAUCGGAUGGACUCCUAUGGGAGCUGGGCGGGCCUUGGCCCAAGGGCCUAAGCCUCCAGGGACCUUAGUGAUUGUCUAUGGCCCAGGGCCUUGGCCAAGGGGCCUUACCCCGCAAGGCGAUCGUUGAUCGCGGAGAGGACGAGUGCUACGCGAGUGGUGCUAACGUGCCGCCUCUCUUCCCCACCAAAAGCUAGUCAUUCCUGAAGAGGUGAAACCUCGGCAAUCUAAUCCCACUGCAGCCCCUGCCACGGCCGCACCCUGUCGCAGACAGCGGCAUGCUCAAUCGUGGCGUGGCGUGUGGAUACAGCGAGGCUAAAGGGAAUUCCCCAGAUAAUGCGAGGGAGCGGAAGGGUCGCAAUUCUGGUUGAUGAGGUAUCCGUAGAUCGGAAGCCUAGAUCAGAUGAGACUGAGAUAACAUUGCAAGCAGCCAUGCCAACCCACCAGUAUUUUGAUUGACUGUUUUGAAAGGGGGGUCCACUCAGUGAUAUACGUUAUCGUGUCGGUCGGAAGGUGGCUAAAAUACCGAUAUUAUUUUUUGUGUAUGUGUAUGUUUUGGUGGGACCUGUCAGGACAUCCUGUCACGGACAAAUCGGUGUGACUGUGAAUUUGAUAUAGUUUUCUGAACCGCGCUCAAUAGUGCAAAAACUGCAUCUAAGUCAAGAAAAAUUUGAGUUAAAUUUUUCUCGGCCAUGGUGUUUCUUUGCCAAACAGUUGGAGUAUUUCCUGUUUCAUAUUUUAAUUUAGGAUCCUGCCAACAUCAUGUCAUUGGAAUCAGAGAUCGAAAUUGAAGUACAAGCAAGCAAAUCCCCAAGUUUUGUAUCUGUUCAUGACAAAUAGGGUUAGAUAACUGUAUUGGAAUUUCUGGGACAUGUACAACAUAUUCAAAAGUUAAUAUUCAAGGUUUUGGUCCGUUUAAGUAACUGUGUUCCUUUGUUACUUAUCUUUUAAGAAAUAUCAUUCGCAGAAAAGAAAUAGAUACUGAUAUGUACCAUGUUUUACUAUUGUUGCCAGAUUCACUUAAAAUUUCUACAAGAGCCAUAAAUUGUUUAUCUGUUUGAAGUUAUUGCAGUUGUUGAGAAGGUUGCGAUUAACUUCACAAAAAGAUCUUCGUUCAAAUUAUUUGACUUCCAGGCUCUUUGUUUCCUAUCAGGUAAUUUAAUCACCAGUCUUCUUUUGCCUUCUUUACUGAUUUUGACCAGUUGUUGAUGCUGAGCAAAGGAAGUGCUAAGUGCUAACUUAUUGGUCUCCACGUUUCAUCCACAACAUUGGUUAACUCAAGAUUCUCUUACAUUUGUCUGAAGCUUGAGCAAAAAUGUUGAUACACAUUAGGAAAUUGAAUUUGUGUCUUGUGUGAUGGAAAUGAAGGAAAAUUGAAUUACUACAUUAAAAACUGUGGACAGGAGAACAUCAGUUUUACUCAUUUCUUUCAGGAGAUAUUUCCUGUUUUAUUUGUUCUGACAAACUAUGGUGCCUCUUCUGAUGAUAAUUGCUAUGCAUUUUCCUUAUCUUAAAAAAGAGGGUCUAUACUGCAAAUGUUCUUACGUCUUCUUCCUUCCAGAUGUAGGUGUGUAUAAUGUAGCUCCAUUUCUGAUACAUAGUUGGGAAAUAACCUGCUCUAUGGUAUCUUUUCAUAAACAAUUAAUACCAUACCCGAAAUUAAUUCUUCUUUCAGCAAAGCAAUAUUAAU